GUGCUGUGAACAGUCACAAUGGGAAGCAGAGGAAGUUCCGUCCAGCUCGUGCUCCAGCUUGUCCUGGUUGUCCUCUGCAAUUUAGGGAAUAGCUUGCAGUGCUACAGCUGUGUCGAUCCAGUUUCUACUUGCACUUCGAAAACGACUUGUUCACCUAAUUUUGAUGCAUGUCUCCUUGCCAAAUCUGAGCCACGGAAGUAUUACCAGUGUUGGAAGUUGGCGGAUUGCACUUUUGACCGUGUUUCACGGAUAUUAGGGGAUAACAAGAUACAGUACAACUGCUGCCAGCAGGAUCUGUGUAAUAAGGAGGCCAGUGAAAAUGAAAGUGGUAUUGGCAAUGGUGGGACAACCUUAUCAGAGAAAACAGUUCUGCUGGUAGUCCCAUUUCUGGCAGCAGCCUGGAGUCAUCUCUAAAGCAACACCAAGAGGGCUAAUCCUAAACUCACUGCUUUUGUAUAUUCCCCAUUUCUUUACUGUUACGAUUCAAAGGCUUUCUACUUUCCAAGUGCACCUUGUUGGGAAAGAAUCAAGUUAUCUUGAGCAACUGGGAUAGGAGAGGAUGCUGAGAGACUUUGAGGACCUUCCCCUCCCUCCUGAGGGGGGAAGUUUGAGAGUGAAGCAUGCGGGACAAGCUGGGUUACAGGCAUCCUCCUUUGCACUUUGGAGGACAGCUUGAAUAGGUUCUCUGCAACCAUCAGGGUAUUUUCCCUAGUUCCUUGGAUGUAGUUAAAUAGUAGGAUCAGUACCUUUAGUGGGGAGCAGGACAGGAUGGGUUUUUCCAACAUUUUCUCUCACUUGGAAUGCUUUCAUAAACUUCAUGGCUCCUGUGUUGCCAUGGAGGCACACCGAAUGUUCCAGAUGUGAGCUGUCAGGCAGGGGCAACAAGAUUCUUCAUGCAGAGUGAUUGGAAUGACUGUUCUGUUCUCAACUAGAAAGGGUCUGGAAGGGAAGAGCUUUCCAAAUGGUAGGGCAUAGAAACACACGGUCUGUCUUUAGAGAUUACCAGUGGCUGAAAUUUGAGUUUUCCUGUCUCUAAAUUUUGUAUGGGUUUUGCUGUUUUUUGCUAGAAAAUUUUGAUAGCAUAAAUGAAUGGGGUGUUAAAGCUAUUUUCCCCUCCUUUUUUAUUUUUUAGAAUGGUGGGAUAUCUUGGCUGUGAACAGUCUAUGCUACAUGAGACAGGCAGCAUUGUGUGUUUAUUUGAAAUGUUAUGGGUAGGAAGGCUCCUAACGUGUGUAGGUAUAUAUGAAUGCAAUGGGAACAAACUCUGGGUUUGCCAUUUGAGGCUUUCAGAUGUCAUCAUUGAUAGUAAUAGAUCUGCAAGGAUGUGUUUUACCUGCCUACCUGCAGCCUGGUGACUCUUAGCUGACUCAGCACAGAUUGUACAAAAUACAUUUGUAACAGCUAUUAGCAUAAUCAUAAAUGUUGAAGCUUUCAGAAGCUCUACCAAUUUCCUAAAAAAAUGAUAGACCUGCUUCAGAAGGGCAGAGUUUUCCUUUUCCCUGUGGAUGCUGAUGAAUAAUUCUCAGGAUCCAGUCGACUUAUGACACUUGUAUUCUUGUGAUCUUGGCUGUAUAUAACAGCUUGGCGUGACUUUUGAAAAGAAAGGAAGAAUUUCUUGAAUAACUUUUAAAAAACCCAAACCCUUGAUUAUCUAAUUCGUUAUACAAAUUGAAUGCAUUAUAUAGUGUUUUAGACAAAUGAAUGCAAUGAAUGAUGCCUUCCUGAAAAUAAAGUCUAAUCUAAUG